AGCAGCGGUCAGUUAGCUCGGAGCGCUGAAGCUUGUUUUUCUGAUUUAAGGUUUUGCAAAGACAUUCGGGUCCAGUUUUAUCUUCUGACCGAACCGGGAGGCGGUUUUUCACCUGCCAGAGGACAAAGAACCGGGACAACAUGUCGGAACCAGCAGUAGGGAGCCGUUAUGAGCGUCUCACAGCAGAGCAGAUGGACGAGCAGAGGAUCCAGAACGUGGCCUAUCAGUACCUUUGCAGGCUGGAGGAGGCUAAAAGGUGGAUGGAGGCGUGUCUGGGGGAGGAGCUUCCUGCCCCGACCCAGCUGGAGGAGGCGCUACGUAAUGGAGUCAUUCUGGCCAAACUGGGUCAGCACUUCGCUCCGACUGCCGUGCCACUGAAGAAGAUCUACGAUCCAGAACAGUUCCGAUACCAGGCUGUGGGUCUCCAGUUUCGUCACACUGACAACAUAAACCACUGGAGGAACGCCAUGACGACCCUGGGCCUGCCAGCGAUCUUCCAUCCUGAAACUACAGACGUUUAUGACAAGAAGAACAUGCCCAGAGCAGUUUACUGCAUCCACGCCCUCAGCCUCUACCUGCACAGACUCGGCUUGGCUCCUCCUAUUUAUGACCUCUAUGGAAAAGUAAAGUUCACAGCUGAGGAGAUCAGCAACAUGGAGCUGGAGCUGGAUAAAUACGGGAUCCAGAUGCCGGCCUUCAGUAAGAUCGGAGGCAUCCUGGCCAACGAGCUGUCUGUGGACGAAGCCGCAGUGCACGCGGCCGUGGCGGCCAUUAAUGAGGCGGUGGACCGAGGGGAGGUGAGCGGCACGGCGGCGGCUCUGAGGAACCCCGCGGCGCUGCUCUGCGACCUGCAGGAGGCGCUGAUGGCCCCCUACCAGGAGGCGCUGAGGGAGGCCAGGAGGAGGAAGGCGGAGCGAGCGGCUCAUCAGGGAGGCCUGGAGGACAGAGACAUGUACGAGGAGUUCCUGAGCCGCCAGGAGAUCCAGGAGCUCAUCGGCAGCGUCAACGUGAGGUGUGCGGUGCAGCAGGUGGACGAGGCUCUGGACGCUGCCAAUGAACUCUCUCUGCUUGCUGCGCUGCAGCGGCCAUGUUUGGCCCUCAGGGGCCUCCGUGUCUCCAACGGUACCUGGUACCUGGAUCAGCUGCUGGAGGACCGCCACCAGAAGGCGCUGGACCUGGGCUCCCCAGAUCCUCUGGAGCCGGCCGAGCUGCAGGAGAGCAUCGCUGCUGCCAACCAGGAAGCUCAGAGCGCCGCGAGACUUGUCCUGGCGGUGCAGAGCGUCAACUCGUCGCUGCGGGGAAGCGAUCCCAGGCGCACCGUCAGCUGCUUGAUGAACUCUGACCUCCAGCUGCCUGAAGUGUUUCCAGCUGCGGCGGCGCUUUAUCACCGGGAGCUGCAGCUGCUGCAGAGAUGCACCACUCAGGGGGAAUUGCACCAGGAAGAACUGUUUGUUGCCGUGGAGAUGCUGUCAGCGGUUGCUCUGACCAAUCAGAGCCUGGAGGCGGGACAUCUGCAGCAGUUCAGCUCCUCAUUGGUCAGUCUGUCUGCAGGACUCUGUGAUGUGGAUAGCGCCCUCAUGGACAGGUACAUGCAGCACCUGGCAGGUGUGAAGCAGCAGGAGGGCGGAGCCAUGCUCACCUGGAAUCAGUUGCAGGAAGGAAUAAACAGCGUGAACAGCUGCGCCGAGGACCAACACCAGCAGCUCCAGGCAGUCGGCCUGAUAAACGAGGCGCUGAUGAGAGGAGACGUCCAGCAGCUGCUGUCUGCUCUGCUGCUGCCCUCUGGUGGCCUGGAGGACGUCAUACCUGCCAAUGUCUGCAGGUACCUGAUGCUGCUGACCAGCUGCAGGCACGACAAAGCCCAGAUGAGCAGAGACCCAGGAGCUGAGCUGUGGUUGGCUGAUAUCCAGGAAGUAGUGAAGCAAGCCAAUCAGCAGAGCCAGAACGCCCUGAAGCUGUGCCUGGCGGUGGCAGCCGCAAACCAGGCGGUAAAGGAGAACCGGGCCCAGCAGACGCUGCGGGUUCUGUCUCUGCCAGACCUGCAGCUGCGUGGCGUUCUGCCAGACUGCGCCGCGGCGUACCAGCAGGAGCUAAGCGGCCGGCUGGCGGACCGGAUCCGUCCAGGUGAGGCCCGUCCAGGUGAGGCCCGUCCAGGUGAGGCGUGGACUCUAGCGAAGGUUCUGCCGUGUCCAGGUGCAGAGCGGAGUCCAUGGGUCCGGGUCCGGCUGGACGACGGGUCGUUUUAUUACUUCCACCUGAGCCGGCUGGAGGGAAGCUGGGAGGUACCCGACGGCUUCCAGAACCACGGCCGCUUCUUGACCCGGCAGGACAUACAGGAAGUAGUGAGCAGCGUUUCAGCAUCCUACAACCGCAGCAUUUUGUGGCGCAGAAGCGCCGCCCUUGUGGUCGGCCUGCAGGCGCGCUGUCGGGGCUUCCUGGUCAGGCAGCAGCUGGAGGGUCGCCAGCGCUACCUGAUUGGUCAGAGUGCUGCUGUGGUCGUCAUCCAGUCUCAUUGGAGGAGGUUCAUCCAGCAGAGGGCGUACCGCCGCCGGCUGCAGCUCCUCUACAGGAACUGGAGGUCCAUUGUCAAGAUCCAGGCGCUGGUGAGGAUGUGGCUCGCCAGGAGGAGACUUCUGACCCGGCUCCGAUUCUUCAGGCAAAAUGUGGACGCUGUGGUGAAGAUCCAGACGUUCUUCCGGGCCAGCCGGGCCCGGAACCAGUACCGCCUGCUGGUGCAUUCGGACACGCCCCCCCUGUCUGUGAUCAGGAGGUUCCUGCGCCUGCUCGACCUUGGAGACGAUGACAUCAGAGAGGAGGCGGAGCUUCUGCGGCUGCGGCAGGAAGUGGUGCGGAGCAUCCGCGCUAACCGGCAACUGGAGGCCGACCUUGACCUGAUGGACCUGAAGAUCGGCCUGCUGGUCCGGAACCGGGCCACGCUGCAGGAAGUGGUGUCCCACUGCAAGAAGCUGACCGGGAAGAACAAGGAGCACCUGUCGGACCUGAUGGACAUGGAGAGAAGCAAAGGGCUGAAGGCUCUGAGCCGCGACCGCAGGGAGAAGCUGGAGGCCUACCAGCACCUGUUCUACCUGCUGCAGACGCAGCCCCUCUACCUGGCCCAUGUGAUCUUCCUGAUGCCGCAGAGCCGCUCCACCUGCUUCGUGGAGAUGCUGGUCUUCAGCCUGUUCAACUACGGCUCCGACCGCAGAGACGCCUUCCUGCUGCUGCAGCUCUUUACCGAAGCUCUCCGAUACGAGAUCAGACUGAAGGUGGAGCAGCCGCAGGAAGUGAUUACCGGGAAUCCCACCGUCAUCAAGAUGCUGGUGAACUUUUACCGGCAGGCGCGCGGUCAGAACGCCUUGCGGGACUCCCUGGGUCCGGCGCUGCGGGACGUCCUGUUGGACCAAACCUUCAGCAUCAGAACCGACCCGCUGGAGGUCUACAAGACCUGGAUCAACCAGACCGAGACCCAGACCGGACACAAGAGCUCUCUACCCUACGAGGUUUCUGCGGAGGAAGCCCUGUCCCACCCGGAAGUCCAGCGAAGAAUCGACAUCGCCAUCAUCAACCUGAAGAACCUGACGGACCGCGUCCUCAAAGCCAUCACCUCCAACCUCAACAAACUGCCGUAUGGCCUACGUUACACAGCCAAGGUUCUCCGAGACGCCUUGAAGACAAAGUUCCCUGUGGCCAGCGAGGCCGAGCUCUACAAGAUUGUGGGAAACCUGGUGUACUAUCGCUACAUGAAUCCGGCCAUCGUGGCUCCGGACGGCUUCGACGUGGUGGACCGGUCGGCCGGAUCCGCCCUGCAGCCGGAGCAGCGCCACAUCCUGGGGUCCAUAGCCCGCAUGCUGCAGCACGCCGCCGCCAACAAGCACUUCCACGGAGACGGCUACCACGUUCACGCCCUUAACCAGUACAUCACCCAGACCCACGGCAGGUUCAGGAAGUUCCUGCACAGCGUCUGUGAUGUUCCCGAACCAGAGGAGCUGUUCAGCAUGGACGAGUUCUCUGAGCAGCUGAUCGUCAACAGACCCAUCGUCUACAUCUCCGUCAGCGAGUUGCUCAACACUCACAAGCUGCUGCUGGAGCAUCAGGAGGUUUUGUGUCCUGACCCGUCGGACCCGCUGAGGCUGAUCCUGAAUGACCUCGGACCGGUUCCCUCCCUGCAGGAGCUCAACGGUGAGGCGUCGGCUGAUCCAGGGUCAGAGUUCAGUAAGAUGGAAGUUUCUCUGACGCUCACCAACAAAUUUGAUGUUUUUGACGACUCUUCAGACCGACCGGACGUCCGAGGACUGCUGCUCAGCACCAAGCAGCUGAUCAUCGACGUCAUCAGGACUCAGCCAGGCGACUCUCUGAGGGACAUCCUGAAAACAAAGACCUCGCCUGACCAGGAAGUGUGUCACAAUUGGCUGGUGCAGCGCCGGGCCCGGCAGGACGCUCAGACGCCUGAGAAGAUGAAGAGGAACCCGUCUCUGGUCGCCAACGGCAACCUGAGCCUGGAGGAAAAGAAGAGGAAGAUCGUACGCAGCCUCCGCCGCCUGGAGGCGCUCGGCGUUCUGCGGCCGCCGCGGGCCGAGGAGCAGCUCCUGCAGAUGGUUGCCAAGGACAUCCGACAGCAGCGGGUGCGUCGCCAGCGGCGGGGGGCGGAGCUUCACAAGCUGCAGCAGACUCUGAGCCGCCUGCAGGAGAAGAGCAGCUUCCACUGCCAGCAGGUCGAGUUCUACAGGCAUUACAUCACUUCCUGUCUGGACUACCUGACCACUGGCAGCAAAGGGACCAAUAGGAACGCAGCAGAGAGCAGAGGGAAGAAGAAGCUUCCUGCUCUGAGCUACAGCGCCGCCCGGCUGCAGGAGAAGGGAGUGCUGCUGGAGAUAGAGGACCUGCCGACCACACAGUUCAGGAACGUCGUCUUCGACAUCACACCUGGUCCAGAGACGGGAAGCUUCAGCGUCAGCGCCCGUUUCCUGGGGGUCCAGAUGGAGGACUUCCUGCUCCGAUACCAGGAUCUGCUGCAGCUGCAGUACGAGGGCGUGGCGGUGAUGAAGAUGUUCGAUAAAGCCAAAGUCAACGUCAAUCUGCUCAUCUUCCUGCUCAACAAGAAGUUCUUCAAAAAAUAAACCAACGAACUCUCUCUCUUCUCUCUCCUAUCUUUGUCUGGUGUCUCACUGCUUGUUGCCGUUUUGUCUGGAAUGAGACAUCUGUUCUGCACUACUAUCUGUUGUUUUAAAUGUGCCUCAGUAUGUAUCAGAGUGAGGCUUCUUUUUUACUCCUAUCUCUAUUUGUCACUGUUUGAUCAGAGUGAGAUGUCUGUUCUACACUAUCUCUGUUUAAAAUGGACCUCAGUACAUAACAGAGUGAGGGUUCUGUUUUACUUCUGUCUGUUUAAGCGUUUUUUUAAACACUCCUUAUUAGUAAACUUUAAGCAGAGUAAGUCAUCUGCCCAAACACAUAUCUUUGUUUUACAUCACACUAUGUUAUUUUGAUCCAUAGUAAUGCAUCCCGCUUUUACUGAUCUUUGCACUUUAAAGUUUCCACUGGUGCAUUUGAGGACUUGAUCAGAGUGAGCCAUCUCCUCUUUCGCGCCUAUCUGUGUAAGCUACGAGACGCCAACAUCGGAUGCAAGCUGAAGCUUUAUUUUGAAAAUCUGAUCCAGUUCCUGCAGAAUCGUGUGUGGGCGGAGCUUAGUUCAGUUGGACAGAUUUCAUUGGUCACUUUAGUGAUGAAUACGUUUUUGAGUGGUGAUCUGUAACUAUGAUGUCACUUCCUGUCUAAAGGAACAUUUUAAUCUUUAAUAAACGUCUUUAUGUUU